AUGGCUCCAAUGAAUCACCCAGCUCCAGUGGAAGUCACAUACGGGAACAUGAGAUUUCUUAUUAUACACAACCCAACCAAUUCAACCUUAAACAGAUUUAUAGAAGAACUUAAGAAAUAUGGGGUUACCACAAUAGUAAGAGUAUGUGAAGCAACUUAUGACCCUGCUCUUGUGGAGAAAGAAGGCAUCCAGUUUCUGGAUUGGCCUUUUGAUGAUGCUUCAUCACCAUCCAACCAGAUUGUUGAUGAUUGGUUUAGUCUUGUAGACGUUAAGUUUUGUGAAGAACCUGGUUGUUGUAUUGCCAUUCACUGUGUUGCAGGUCUUGGGAGGACUCCAGUGCUUGUUGCCCUAGCAUUAAUUGAAAGUGGAAUGAAAAAUGAAGAUGCAGUACAGUUUAUUAGAGAAAAAUGGCGCGGUGCUUUUAACAGCAAGCAACUUUCGUAUUUGGAGAAAUAUCAUUCUCAAAUGCGGCUUCGCUUUGUGUCUGGAAUUGGUGGGUUCUUGGUCUCACUGACUUCAAGAAUGAAGCCACGGACCCUCGCAGUGACUGUUACAGUUCUUAAAGGCGGCGUGUGCGGAGUUUGUUCCUUCUGAUGUUCGGAUGUGUUUGGAGUUUCUUCCUUCUGGUGGGUUCGUGGUCUCGCUGGCUCAGGAGUGAAGCUGCAGACCUUCGCGGUUCUACAUCUUGGAUUCAACCUACUGUGGAUUGAAAAUAUUAGGAAAAAAGACCGGGCAUGGUGACUCAUACCUGUAAUCCCAGCACUUUGGGAGGCCGAAGUUGGUGGAUCACCUGAGGUCAGGAGUUGGAGACAAGCCUGGCCAACAAGGCAAAACCCCAUCUCUACUAAAAAUACAAAAAUUAGCUGGGUGUGGUGGCACGCACCUGUAGUCCCAGCUACU